AUGAUCUCGGGCUCGGCCGUGUACCAGGUCCUCGAGGCCAUGGCGCCGCUCUACACGGCGGCGGCCCUGGGGUACGCGUCGGUGCGGUGGCUCAAGGCCUUCUCCGACGAGCAGUGCGCGGGGAUCAACCACUUUGUCGCGCUCUACGCCGUGCCCGUGCUCAUCUUCCACAUGGUCUCCACCAACGACCUCUACGCCAUGAGCGGCCGCCUCAUCGCCGCCGACACCCUGCAGAAGCUGGCCAUCCUGCUCAGCCUCGUAGCCCCGAUGCUGUGGGCGCGCUCGCGCCGCCACCGAGACGAUGACGGGACCAAGGCGGCUCCCUCGCUGCAGCUGGAGUGGGUGGUCACCGCCUUCUCCGUCGCCUCGCUGCCCAACACCGUCAUCAUGGGCGUGCCGCUCCUCAGGGGCAUGUACGGCGAGGUCUCCACCACCCUCCUCAAGUCCAUCGUCGUGAUGCAGUUCUGCUUCUGGUACAAUGUCAUUAUCUUCCUCUACGAAUACAUGGAGGCCAUGCGCGCAGCCGCCACGGUGACCAAGGAGAUCAUCAGCUCUCCUGCAUCUCCAGAGAAAGGUGACCUCAUGAGGGUGGUGAUCAUUGAGACCACGGAUGUCACGGUCGCUUCCCAGGCGCAAGGUAGCAUCGUUGUCCAAACGAAUACGACGUCAGUCGGCAAGGACAAGGAGGCAGGUACCUUUGGAGACGUCGCCAAGGCGCCGUCGGUGAAGCAUGUCUUGUGGAUGGCAGUGAAGAAGAUUCUGAGGAUUCCAAAUACAUACGCCAGCAUCCUUGGCCUCAUCUGGUCUCUGGUUGCCUUCAAGUGUGGAAUCAAGAUGCCAAAAGUUAUCGACGACUCCCUCUUCACAAUAUACAGCACAGCUGUUGGCCUCAGCAUGUUCUCUUCAGGGACGUUCAUUGCCCGACAGUCACAGUUCAUUCCGUGCGGCUACACCAUCGCCUCAAUGUCGAUGCUCCUCAAGUUUCUCAUAGGCCCGGUGGUGAUGUUGAUCGCCUCCCUCGUCGUCGGCAUGCACGGCACCCUGCUGCACAUGGCCGUUGUACAGGCGGCUUUACCCCUAGCCGUGACUUCGUUUGUGUACGCUGAAGAGUACAAGGUCCACGCCGACAUCAUGAGCACAGGGGUUAUUUUUGGGAUAUUCAUCUCACUUCCUGUCACCAUCGUGUACUACAUUCUAUUGGGAUCAUGGUGGAACUAA